CUGUUAAGUCACCCCAAAGUGAUUUGUACCCCACAUUUGGGCGCCAGUACUGCCGAGGCUCAGAUCAAUGUAGCCAAAGAAAUAGCCCUUCAGUUUCUGGAUCUAAUUGAUGGCAAAUCUGUUCCUGGAAUUGUAAACCCUUCGGUUCUAAAAAAGCAAUAAAAUGUGAAAUUCAAAGAACAAGACAUUUAAAAUGAAAAAUUAUUUUUUAAAUUGCUCCAAUUGCACCAAUCAAUUGCUAUUGUUUUUAAUUGAAUAAAUUGAUUUCAGUACUUUUAAAUAAAAUCGCCA